UUCAUUUCAUAACCCUCGAUAAGAUACUCAGUGUUCUCUCCGCUUGACUCGCCGCUAGGUGACGUAACCAAUAGCCAUAUAAAAAGUUUCCUAUUGAAAAAUCAAUCAUUCUUCGAUUUGGCUCGCGAGUAACACUUUACCUUUAAAUUGACACGGUCCACUGCACGUCGUGAGUGCCUCGUGUUUGAGUACAUUUCUUGGUUAUUGUACAACUUUUAAUUUAUGUUGAGUUCUUCGGAUAUUUUGAGCAUCCCAGACAGCUCUAUGUCCUUUUCCAACUGGUCGAGGGACCAAACUAGACGUUCGAGGUCCAAUUCGCCACCAAGUUCCAGAGGACGUGCUUCUAGACGUGAUGGUCGCCAUAUUGAUUUCGGUGAAACCCCUAGUAGUGGGCACACCAAAGCUCAAGCUCAUAGUAAGAGUAGAGCAGGAAAAAGGAGGCACUCUAGUUCGAGUUCUAGCCCCAGUUCGGAUUAUUCAAGUUCUAGUAGUAAUUCCAAGUCAUCUUCCCGAAUUUCCCAGAAGUCGGGUUCGGGGUCCAUAAAUUCAAAAACAGGAAGUAUCGAAAACGAAAGUAGUAGCAGUAACAAACCUGUACGCAGUGUAUCUUCAGAAACUGUUUAUGAAAGAUUUGAUAUCGAAAAUGACACAAAGGGUGAGAAAUUAGAAGAAGAUCUAAGGGCAUUUUGUCGUCCCUUUUUCACAAAGUUUUUUAGUGAUGAGACGCUGAAAACUAAAAUACUGGAUAAGUAUCCUGUGCCAGAUGCAGGGGACCUUUUCGCUGUCAAGUCACUAGACAGCUUCAUUAGUCCUUUAUUGGAGAAGAGAAACAAGCAAUUCGACAAAGGAGCUGACAAAGGCGCACAAAAUAUACAGUCUCGUGUUAUGAAGGUCAUGGGACCACUUUCAAAAUUAUGGAGUAUUUUAGAGGGAUUGCGUGCUGCUUCAAGAGAUUCACAUGAAGUGGAUAAUGUAGAUGUUGUGCACAUGUGUUCCCUUAUCGAGCAGACGGUUUGUUUGCUUGGUCAAGCCAGUGUGGCAGUUGAUCACCAUAGAAGAGUAAAUACUACAGUUAAAAUAACUGGAGACUACAAAAAAGCGAAAGCAAUUCUAGACGAAAAUGCUGAUGUGUUGGAAAAGAGUGGCAGCAAACUUUUUGGGGAAAAGUUUAUCAAGAUUUUGAAGAAGACAGGGAAAAGGCGUAAGGAGGCGAGUGAAAUUGCUGAUGCUUUUCAGCCAGACAAGAAGAAGAGGAGAAAGUCCUACUACAAUCGCCCAUAUAAUACCAAGUCUAGAUUCAGACAGCCCUUUCAGGAGGGGCCCUCUGGUAGAUUUACAGAGGGCCGAAGACCUGGGUACAAGUUCAAUAGAAACAACCAAUAAUUCAAAAAGAAAUCUGACAGAUCAUGAAUAGAAGAGUCUUACUGAAAGAAGAAAAAGAAUUUUCUGUAAAAUAUUAGAUAAAUAAAUGGUAGAUUUCAUAUAGAAUUUACUUUGUUUUAGUUUUCCUUACAAUUGUUAGGAUAAGGUCUACUCCCUCACCAAUUCGAAGAAUGAUUGAUUUUUCAAUAGGAAACUUUUUAUAUGGCUAUUGGUUACGUCACCUAGCGGCGAGUCAAGCGGAGAGAACACUUUCAUAUCUUAUCUCAGGUUAUUCAUGAAAUUAGGAUUCCAUUGCACACACUACGUGUGCUUAUG